GGCAAUCGAAGCAUAUCAUUGGAGCCCGGUGGUCAAUUUGAGCUUAGUGGUACUCCCUUUAAAACAUUGCAUCAGACUUGUGAUGAGCUUAAUUCACACCUCUAUCAGGCGAAAACUGUUGGAGAGGAAAUGGGAAUUGGAUUUUUGGGAUUAGGUUUCCAGCCUAAAUGGAAACCGCAAGACAUACCUAGAGUGCCUAAGGUACGGUAUGACAUUAUGCAAAAUUACUUCAACAAUAAUGGCUUACCUCAAGUUGAGGCAUUGUUAAUGACCUGCUCUGUUCAGGUUAACCUGGACUACAGUUCUGAAGCAGACAUGAUCAAGAAAAUGCGUACUGGGCUUACGUUGCAGCCGCUAGCAGCAGCUAUGUUUGCGAAUUCGCCUUUCAGUGGAGGCAUCCCAAGUGGUUACCUCAGCAUAAGGAGCUAUAAGGUGAAUCAAGUUGACAAACGUCGCACAGGCAUGCUGCCCUUUGUUUUUGAUGAUACUUUUGGGUUUGAGCAGUAUGUUGAUUAUGCUCUAGAUGUACCGAUGAUGUUUGUCUAUCGGGAAAAUAAGUACAUUGACUGCGGUGGCAUGUCAUUCCGGGACUUCAUGGCAGGUAAACUCCCUGCCAUCCCAGGUCAGGUGCCAACAUUAAGUGACUGGGAAAAUCAUCUGACGACCAUAUUUCCCGAGGUCAGGCUCAAGAGGUACAUGGAAAUGAGGGGUGCUGAUGGGGGAACUUCAGACAUGCUGUGUGCUCUGCCAGCAUUUUGGGUAGGUCUGCUAUAUGACGAGGUUUCCCUACAUAAUGCUCUAGAUAUGAUUGUUCAUUGGACCCCCGAGGAGAGACAGAAUUUAAGGAACAUGGUUCCUAUGACUGGUUUAAGGACUCCAUUUCAAGGUAGAUUACUGCGGCAUGUGGCUGAAGAUGUGUUGCAGUGGGCGAAGGAUGGCUUGGACAGGAGAGGCCUAAACGAAUCCAGUUUUUUGGAUCCAUUAAAAGACGUCGUUGGAACAGGUUUGACGCCAGCUGAUAGGCUUCUGGAUAUGUUUCAUAACACGUGGGGAAACAGCGUAGAUCCUGUCUUCAGAGAGCGCUGCUACUAAGCUGCGUAUAACCCUUGCAAUCCUCAUAGAGAGGAGAAACAACAGUUGUACUAGGUUUGACCAUGUGAAGUUCCUCCUUUUUAAUCAACCACACUAUAAUAUAAGAUUUUGGAAGGCCCACUAAUCAGGGUUUUACUUGUAAUAAUAGUCUCGACUAGACAAUUUGUUUAACGCGUGAUUGACACCUCAUAACCUCAUUAGA